GUGUUCCUGUGCGACUGUGUGGAAGACGGGAUGCUUGGGGGACGUUUGGCUGUAAAGUACUUAUAUUUAACUAUAAUGACUAUUUCGAUUUGUGGAAAAUAUACUGACGCUUUCUACGUAUAUGACAAAGAGAAAACAACAAAUAAUCAGUUGGAAACUAUCCAGCCUCUCCUGAUGCGAUUGCUUGAGUUUCUCGAUGCCCUAGACAAUAUGGAACAGCAAAUUCCUUCACGAAACUCUGACAUGAAUGUUGAAUUUAAUUCCCUGGAAGAAAAUGACAGUCUCAUUAAAAGAGGGGGAGGACAAAGACAAAGAACUCAUAAAGAAGCUAAACAAUGUUAUUGGUCGGCCGUAUCGUGCUUUGGAAGAAGAAAGCGGAGAUAAUCUACAAGGAGCGGAACCACUGUACGAAUUGAACCAGAUGAGUCUGCUUUUUCGUCGAAUGUGAUCCUACAAUUACCUCCAUGUAAAUCUCUAUUAGGUGCUUCAAUGAAUUCUGGGUAUAUCCUCCUCUUUGCCCAAUCACAAGGAAGGGGCGCACUGAACGAACCAGCUACUACCACAUUUAAACCAAAUGUCUCUGUUGCGUGAAUUAUAUAUUGCAAAUAUCAAAACCUCGAUUUCUGAUUGGACGAUACUUAUGUUAUUUCUACCCAUCCUCUGCUAGUUCUUUACGUUAUAUUACCGGAUAUGCCGGUGAGGAAACAAUGAUUUAAUACACUGAUGAUGCAGUUGACUGAUCGUGAUAAUUUAGAAAAAUACUAUAUAUCCAGGGUUACAGAUUUCUUAGAGAGCAUUAACUGUGACCCUGAUGUGUACAAUUUUAAAGAUUAAAUCAUUUCAGAAUCGAAUAUGUAACAGG